ACGACAGCUCUAAACAUGCAGCAGCUCAACUCAUCCAACAGCUCUCUCACCGCUCCUGUCUCUACUGUGAACCUGAUUUCCAGUAGUGUGCUGGCAGUUUGCUUCAUACUAGGAGUCCCUGGUAAUAUUGCUGUAAUGCUGCGUCUUUCUGGAUGGCUGAAGAGAGGCAGUUUCACCCCGAGACUGAUGCUAAGCCUGGCCAUAUCAGAUCUACUCACUCUGAUUUCUCUCCCGGUUUGGAUUUGGGCUGUUCUGCAUGAAUGGGUGUUUAGCUUGGUCUUGUGUAAUCUUCUCUCUUACAUGAUCUACUUAAGCUUCUACUGCAGCGUACUGUGUGUGAUUUUGAUGAGCAUGCAGCGAUACAUCCAAGUGCUGCAUCCUGAGAAAUGGAAGAAGCUUGGCAGAAAAGGAAAGAAGAUCCUUUUGAUUGGGAUUUGGAUGUUAAGUGCAGUUUUAUCAUGCUAUGGUCUCAUACUAAGCAAUAUAAGCUUGGACAGAGGAGGACGACUUCAGUGCACGCUAAGAUAUCGGAAUAAUGCUGAAAGAGUGCUUACAUUAACCUGGGAGAUUAUAAUAUUUGUGGCUUCAUUCACCAUCGUAUCUUAUUUCUACUUUCAACUUCACAGAGGAGUUAAUAACUCAGCUUUCUUUAGCAGUAACUCAUUGACCAAGCUGGUGACCAGAAUUGUGGUGUUUUUCUUCAUUUUGUGGAUCCCGAAUCAAAUCUCUGACGUUGUGAUCAUCUUUGCUGCACUGACUGGGAAUGACAGUCUGUUAAGAUCUGUAGUAUCUGUAGAGAAUGUUACUACAGUUCUGGUUUUUAUUAACAGUUGUGUGAACCCUUUCCUGUACGCUUUCUCUGCUCAGGCUCUUCAACAGUGAACAGCUGGAACAAAUGAUCAUUAGUGUCUUGAACAUAUAGAGGUUUGAGUGAGCUGAUGCACAUCUCUGACAGCCUUUCACAGACAUUGCAUUUAAAGGUACACCAUAUAAAUGUAUAUGAAUCAUUUUGAUUAUUCCUGCAGUCUAUUUUUUAUAGUUUUUUCUACAUCAUCUAAUUCUUUUUUAUUACACCUAACAUAUUUUGCAGGUGAAUUUAACAGAUACUAUAUGACUUUUUAAAUGUCUACCUAAAACAUUUGUGUGAUCCUAAAGCAUAAUGGCUUAAAACAAAAAGUAAAUCUUAAAUUAGAAAGUGAUAAAUGUUACUCAAUCAAAAAUGUGUUCAUCAAUAUUAGCAACAUUCAUUACGAUUAUAGUUUUGUGUUUGUUAGAUUUUUUGUGUUUCUGCUUUAAAUUGCUGAUUUUAUAUAUACUUUUAGUUGAAACUAAAAGCUGUUUUCUGAACUUAAAAACACUUACAUUUUGAGCUAUAAACCAAAAUAAAGUUUUCUGAUUUGUAAAAAUGCUACUUCUGCUUGCACAUUUGUGAGACAACAUGACAGGAACUUGCAGCACAUUUACUGUGAGUUGUAACAUGUUAUAAUUGUACAGGA